CAGCCCAUUUACCUAAUUAGAUCACAAAAUGCCUUAUAAUGGGAUGUGUUAAUAUGUUCUUACAAACAAAUAAUGCCUUCUCAAAAUUAACUUGAAGAACCAAAAUAAAUGAAAUAAAGCUGUUUGCUUUGUUGGUAUUUUUCAAAUCUCUCAAUGCAAUUCUCAAAACCCAUUUCAUAAUCUUUUCUUCUUUUAUAAUAAACUUUCUUUUUCUCUCCUUCUUUUGAGGGUUUUUAGUGUUGGAUUUUGAGAAUGAUGAGAUCAAGAAGUAGUAGUAGCAGUGGCGGCAGUAGCGGCGGCGGCGGUGGAAGCAGCGGUGUCAGCUGCUACCGAGGCCAUUGGCGGCCGGCAGAGGACAAUAAACUCCGGCAGCUCGUUGAACAGUUUGGCCCUCAAAACUGGAAUUACAUUGCAGAACACUUUGAAGGCAGAUCUGGAAAAAGCUGUAGAUUGAGAUGGUACAAUCAACUAGAUCCAAAUAUAAACAAGAACCCAUUUAGUGAGGAAGAAGAAGAGAGACUUUUAAUGUUUCAACAGCUUCAUGGGAACAAAUGGGCAUUAAUAGCUAGACACUUCAAAGGAAGAACAGACAAUGCAGUGAAGAAUCAUUACCAUGUAAUUAUGGCUAGAAGAAGAAGAGAACGUUUCACAAUAUUCACUAAUAAUAACAACAUUAAUCUAAGGAACCGCCAUAGUUUACUACCCUUUUCAAAGACCACGGCCAUCAAAUGGACUCCUCUUACGGCCACCGCUCCGGUGCUGCUCGGAAAUGGCCGUGGAAAGUCGUCUUUGCCAACUGCAGUGGCGUCGGGCUCCAGUGAGAGCGAUGAUCAGAAGAGGAGGAUUCCAUUCAUAGACUUUCUUGGUAUGGGAAGCUCUUAGUUUAGCAAAGUUUAAAUUUUCUUAUGGUGUGUGAGUUUCUUCUUGGUUGUCAAAUGUUUUGAUAUGUAAGAGAAAUUAUGAAUUGCCAACUAUAUUAUUGUAA